AGCCAUUUAUAAAUUGAACCACCCAAAGGGUCUCUAAAAAUAAGCACUUUGAUCACCAUGAUCAAAUCCAUCAAAACCUCCAGAGUCCUCCUCUGUCUCUCCAUCGUUUGCUUGCUAAGCAUCAAAACCAAAUCAACCCCAAAUUUCCUUUCAAUCGAUUGCCCAAACACAACCUCUUACACUCCCAACAGCAUAUACAAAACCAACCUCAACACCCUCUUCUCUUCCCUCUCCUCCAAUUCCACCUCCAUCAACGGCUUCUCCAACUCCACCGCCGGCCGCAACCCCCCCGACGUAGCCUACGGCCUCUUCCUCUGCCGCGGCGAUGUCUCCACCGCCGUCUGCCAAGACUGCGUAACCUCUGCUACUAAAGAAGUAGUCCAACGUUGUCCCAAGUCGAAGAAUGUCAUAAUUUGGUACGAUGAGUGCAUGUUACGAUACUCGAACGAGUCCAUCUUCUCCAAAUCCGAUGAAUCUACAGGAUUAAUUUUGAGGAAUACACAGAACUUUACGGACCAAACCCGUUUCAGAGAAAUUUUGGGAGGUGUAAUGGAUGACAUAGCAACUCGAGCUUCGAAUGGUGGGUCCGGUAAGAAAUAUGCGACUAAAGAAGCUAAUUUCUCGUCGCUUCAAAAGCUGUACGGGUUAGCGCAGUGCACGCCGGACUUGACUUUAUUGGAUUGCAACAAAUGUCUUCGAGAUGGUAUCUCGAAUUUUCCGAGUUGCUGUGAUGGAAAUCUGGGAGCGAGGGUUCUGUUUCCGAGUUGUAAUGUUAGGUAUGAGUCCUACCCUUUUUACAACGUCACCGCCACUGCUCCGCCGCCUCCACCACCGGUCCUUCCUUCUUCUCCGGGACCUUCAGCUAGUCGAGGAAAGGGGGGAAUCUCAUCCCAACUACUUAUUGCCAUCAUUGUUCCAGUUGGAGUCUCUGUUUUGCUUUUCAUCGUAAGCUUUUGUUUCAUAACUAGGAAAUCAAAGAAGAAACAUGAUAUCAUUGAAGAAGAUACAAUUGGAAAUGAUAUCACCACAGCUGAAUCCUUGCAAUAUAAUUUGGGUGCAGUUCAAGCUGCAACAAACAACUUCUCUACUGAAAACAAAAUUGGUGAAGGUGGAUUUGGCCUUGUCUACAAGGGUACACUUUCCAAUGGACAACAGGUAGCUGUGAAGAGGCUAUCUCGAACCUCGGGGCAAGGUGCAAAAGAAUUCAAGAACGAGAUUGUGUUGGUAGCAAAGCUUCAACACAGAAAUCUAGUGAGACUACUGGGAUAUUGCUUGGAAGGAGAAGAAAAGAUACUCAUAUAUGAAUUUAUGCCUAACAAAAGCCUUGACUACUUGCUAUUUGAUCCACAACAAGAAGAAAAGUUGGAUUGGGUCAAACGUUAUAAGAUUAUUGGAGGAAUAGCUCGAGGAAUGCUUUAUCUUCAUGAAGAUUCCCGACUUAGAAUUAUACACCGUGACCUCAAAGCUAGCAAUGUUCUAUUAGAUGGAGAUAUGAAUGCUAAAAUUUCAGAUUUUGGCAUGGCUAGGAUUUUCGGUGUGGAACAAACUCAAGGAAAUACAAGUCGAGUUGUUGGAACAUAUGGCUAUAUGUCUCCAGAGUAUGGAAUGCAUGGACAAUUCUCUGUGAAAUCCGAUGUGUUUAGCUUUGGUGUCCUAGUUUUGGAGAUCAUUAGUGGCAAAAAGAAUAAUACUUUUUACAAAUCAGGAAAUGCUGAGGACCUUCUUAGCUAUGCUUGGAAACUGUGGAUGGAGGAAAGACCCUUGGACUUGAUGGAUUCAACUUUGGAAGGGUCUUAUUCAAGAAGUGAACUCAUUAGAUGCAUCCAUAUUGGCUUGUUGUGUGUCCAAGAAGAUCCGAAGAGCAGACCCUCCGUGGCAACUGUAAUUUUGAUGUUGAACAGAUAUUCAAUUACUUUAUCAGAUCCUCAACAACCUGCAUUCUUUGCUCAUAGCAAACCAGAAAGUACGCCAAAAUCUUUAGAUUUAGAUCAAUCUGCAAACAAGUCAAUAUCAUGGUCUGUGAAUGAAAUGUCGAUUACUGAACUAGACCCAAGGUAAUGUGAGAAGUCCAGGCCAUAUCAAAGAUUGAAGGAUAGCUCUAUGGUGCGAGAUGAACCCAAAUGACAAUCUGCACUAUCGAUAAAGGCGGUGAUUGUUCGGGUAUAUCUCCUUAUUGGAGUUUG